ACGUCAUAUUUCAGCGACAGCAAAAUAAACAUGGCGCCUCUGUGGAAGGCGUGAGUGCGGGGUGGAAGUGGCUGAGUACUGCUUAGUUAAACAACAACAACAACAACAACAACAAUAAUAUAAAUAGUAGUAAUCAGUGUGUGGAGUGUGAGAGAUGGAGCAGGUCGGAGAGGUGGAAGUGAUUAUUCCAGGUGAAGAGGAGAUGAAUGCACCGCACUGUGCACACGGUCCGACGGUGUUGUUUCAGGUCAUGUGCCGAGGGGAGAAGAGUGAAAAGCGGUUUUACGCCUGCUCUGCGUGUCGAGACAGAAAAGACUGCAGCUUCUUUCAGUGGGAGAAUGAAAAAGUAUCGGGGGAGCGACUGCGUGUGAGGGAGGAGCAGAAGCGGCUGAAGAAGCCCCCGUUCACUCAUUCAAAAUACUGCACGAGGUUCAGAGAGUUCGUCGCCCUGCCGCUGGACCAGAGGAGCUUCUGUGUGGACUGUCAGCAGCUGCUCCUUCCUGCUGAACAGAGUGCUCAUGCCUCACACCAAACGCUUUCUGAUGACAUCACGGUGGCCCGCUUGAGGAGGCCCAGUUUACUUCUGCGGGCUUUGGAGAAUAAGAAGAGCAAUGCGCAGUACCUGUUCGCCGACCGCAGCUGCCAUUUUCUCCUAGACGCCCUUUCUGGAUUACGAUUCAACAAGGUUCUCUGUGUCGGGACGCCACGAUUACAUGAGCUGAUUAAGAUCCGGCGCACCGAGGACAAGACGAACACCAUGAAGAGUUUAUUACUGGAUAUUGAUUUCAGAUAUUCCCAGUUUUACUCCCAGAGCGAGUUCUGCCACUAUAACAUGUUUAAUCAUCACUUCUUUGACGGAAAGGAAGCGGCCGAUGUUUUUCAGCACUUCCUGACAGAGGAAGCUGGUAGUAAGGUUGUGAUGGUAGCAGAUCCACCAUUCGGAGGUCUGGUGAAGCUUUUAGGACACACAUUCUCCAAGAUAUCACAGACAUGGAGGAGUCUACAGGGAACUGCGAGCGGCGAGCCUGAGAUGCCCAUGGUCUGGAUAUUCCCCUACUUCUUUGAGCCGAGGAUCCUCGACUGCUUCCCUUCCUUCACGAUGUUGGAUUAUCAGGUGGAUUACGAUAACCAUCCUCUGUACAAACUCGGCUCGACGGGCCGCAAGCAAUCUCCAGUCCGACUGUUCACCAACAUCUGUCCCAAAAACAUCGUCCUACCAGAGGAAGAAGGCUACAAACUUUGCAGCAUCUGUGAGAGAUACGUCUCAGCAGAGAACCGCCACUGUCCCGACUGCAACGCCUGCACGUCCAAGAAUGGACGACCCUGGAGGCAUUGUGCCGAAUGUGGAAAGUGUGUGAAACCCUCAUGGCGUCACUGUUCCUCCUGCGGUCGCUGUGUGCUUCCGGAUCAUCGCUGCGGACAAACAGGAUGCUACAACUGUGGAGAUCCUGCGCACAAACACAAGGCCUGUCCUCUCAAGCGCAAGAAAAACGUUCAGAGCGGUAAAGCAGCAUCCAGACACUACGGCAACAUCACCGCAGCUAAGACUAGGAAACGCAAAAAUGCACAACGGAAGAAGAAGAAGAAGAAGAAGAAGGUCACAUGAGCAGGAUUUCUUUCACACAUAUAUUCUGGGUAUCUGAUGAAUAAAAAUAUACGCUUUUA